AUGUUGGAAGGAAAAGCUAUGGUGAAAGAAACAGACAUGCCUUUGAAGAUGCAAAUUCAAGCCAUGUCAUCUGCUUCUCAGGCCCUUGAUAUCUAUGAUGUUUGUGACAGCAUAUCUAUUGCAGGCCACAUCAAGAAGGAGUUUGAUAAGAUGUAUGGAAGUGGCCAGUGGCAAUGUGUAGUGGGUUCCAAUUUUGGGUGCUUUUUCAGCCAUUCACCAGGGACUUUUAUAUAUUUUGCUGUGGAGACCCUUAAUUUUCUUAUCUAUAAGGGAGCCUCCUCUUGA